AAUACCAAAAGGAUAACCUUUUCCAAGUGCAUGGAGGGAAACAAGGGCUGGCAAAGACGGUGAACAUUCUUUAAAAAACUCCGGGCCACUACGUUUCAUUCGGUUGCCUGCAAACCUCGUUCACUACUUACCAAUCCUCUAAAAUCUUCACAGUAUAUUCUUUGAGCCUAUCCUAUUGGCAAUGCUGCAAUUUCAAGUACUCAACUGGUUUUUGGUUUACUACCACUGAUAUUUUUUCACUUGUAAGACUCAUUUGAGUUACUUGAAAUUUCAUCUUCGGCACUGUUUCCAUUGGGUUUUACAAUUCAGUUCAAAUGACAUUCUAAGUUCAGAAACUCAUUGCCAAGGAUUUCUGAUGGAUUUGGGCAUCAUGAGUGUGAUAAAUGCCAAUGGUGCUCAAUAUGGUAUAGGGGGCAUAGCUCAGCCAAAAUUGGAGUAUGAAGGUCGAGGCGGAAAGUCCCUCUGGAGAAGCAGAUGCAAAAGGGCAGCUCUCUUUUUCCCCAGCCAUUUUUCAGGAACUUCAUUAGGCAUACAUAAGAUGAGACCCUCUACAUCUGUUAUUGCCAAAAGCAAGGGAGUUGCUACGGAAGUCCAGAGACUGGAGCCAGGUACUUCUGGUAUCAGUAAAUUUGUGAAAGGUCCAAAUUCUUUUGAAGGGCCUAAGAAAAGCUUGGAGGAUGGUGUACAGAGGAAAUUAGAGAUGUUCCAUGAAGGGUUUGAAGGACCACCAUUACGUGUCCUGCCAUUAGGAGGCCUUGGGGAAAUAGGAAUGAACUGUAUGCUUAUAGGUCACUAUGAUCGGUAUAUAUUGGUUGAUGCUGGCCUCAUGUUUCCGGAUUAUGAUGAACUUGGGGUGCAGAGAAUUUUGCCUGAUACAACUUUUAUCCAACGGUGGAGGCACAAGAUUGAAGCUGUUAUUAUAACACAUGGGCAUGAGGAUCACAUUGGUGCAUUGCCUUGGGUAGUUCCAGCGCUGGACUCUCAUACUAAAAUUUUCUCCACACCAUUCACUAUGGAGCUUAUAAAGAAGCGAUUGAAAGAUUACAAUAUUGAAGCCAAGACUAGAUUGACUGUCUUCAACAUGAGAGAGAGGUUCCAUGCUGGACCAUUUGAAGUAGAACCUAUUCGAGUUACUCACUCAAUACCAGAUUGUUGUGGGUUGGUGCUUCGUUGUGAAGACGGGACACUUUUUCACACAGGAGAUUGGAAGAUUGAUGAGUCGCCUUUGGAUGGAAGAAGCUUUGAUCGUGUAGCAUUAGAAGAACUUGCAAAAGAAGGCAUUACAUUGAUGAUGAGCGACUCCACAAACAUUCUUUCACCUGGAAGAACUACCAGUGAAACUGAUGUGGCAGAAGCAUUAUUGCGAAAGAUUGCUUCUGCAAAGGGAAGAGUUAUUACUACACAAUUCGCCUCAAAUAUUCAUCGUAUUGGCAGUGUGAAAGCUGCAGCUGAGCUGACUGGCAGGAAACUGGUAUUUGUUGGAAUGUCCUUGAAGACAUACCUUGAUGCUGCUUGGAGGGCUGGACUAGCACCUUUUGAUCCCUCAACUUUGGUCAAAGCUGAGGACAUGGAUGCAUAUGCUCCUAGAGAUCUGCUUGUUGUAACAACUGGAUCACAGGCAGAACCUCGUGCAGCACUGAAUCUUGCAUCAUUUGAAACCAGUCAUUCCCUUAAGCUAACAAAAGAUGACUUGAUCUUAUACUCAGCAAAGGUCAUACCUGGGAAUGAAGUUCGUGUGAUGAAGAUGAUGAAUCGAAUUGCAGAUAUUGGCUCUACAAUUGUAAUGGGAAGGGGAGAUAAUUUGCAUACAUCUGGUCACGCUUACCGUGGAGAAUUGGAGGAAGCCCUUAGAUUGGCAAAUCCUCAGCAUUUCUUACCUGUUCAUGGUGAACUGGCUUUUCUUAAAGAGCACGAGCUACUUGCAAAAUCCACUGGCAUACGGCACACAGCUGUAAUAAAAAAUGGGGAGAUGCUUGGUGUUUCUCAUCUUAGGAACCGAAGAGUCCUUUCUAAUGGUUUCUCCCAUCUUGGAAAGGAGAAAUUGCAGUUGAUGUACAAUGAUGGAGAUAAAGCAUUUGGAAAUGCAGCAGACCUAUGCAUUGAUGAGCGGAUGAGAAUAGCCCUAGACGGAAUUGUUAUUGCUAGUGUGGAUGUCAAAAGGCCUAUGAAGACAUCUUUAGAUGGUGUGCACAAUUCUGUUAAUCAAUCACAGCCAGGACUAAAAGGAAGGAUAUAUAUUACAACUCGAUGCCUCUGGAAUGACAAAGGCAAACUCACUGAAGCACUGCGUAAAGCAGCCCAUGCGGCACUAGCAACUUGCCCUUCAAAUGCUACAGUGCCUCGUAUACAGCACACUAUUUCUACAUUGUUAAGGAAGGUGGUGCAAAAGUACAGCAGUAGAAGACCAGAAGUAGUUGUUAUGGUAACUGGGGACACUGUUUCCGGAGGUGACAUUGAUGUGAAAUUACAAGUGUCUAAGAAUGAUAAACAUUUGCCUCGAUACUCUUCUGUGCAUGAUUCUGCCUUCCAAUCUUCCCAGAAGGGUUCCUCAAAAGCCAAAAUGACUUCUCUUGUUGAUCAUGCUAGUCGACUAAUGAAAAGGGAUUCAAGCAAAGAUGACAGUCAAUUUGUUUCACAUGAGGACCCAAGAUUAAGAAAGUCAAGCAAAGACCAAAUAGCACCUUGGAAAUUCGCUGAAAUGUUAUAUAAAGGUAGAUCUUUGGAAAGAAAAUUCUCAAAUGGUCCUUUAACUAAAGAGGCUGCUGAUGAAUUAGCCAUAAGUUCUGGAAGUUUAGAUAACCGUAAAGGUACAGAAAAGUCAUCAACUGGAGAUUUGUCUAUCUCAUCCAAAGAUCAUGAAGAUCAAGUUGGAACUGCUGAAGAUCAUACAGGUCAAGAUGGGACUUCUGAGGUAAUGUUACCAGUAUCUUAUGGACUAUCUUCUUCCAUCACAUCUGAAGAUAAAGAAAAGGAUUUAGCUACAGUUUCUCCACAACCCACAGCAUUGGAUUUAUCAAGAAAAGUUCCAUCAACAAGGAAGCGCUCCAGGUGGAAGAAAAGUGAGACUGAAAAGUUGAUAGAAUUAUGCAAGCAAAUGGAAGGUCAAUUUAGAACUUCAAGAACAAAGAAGGCUGUAUGGGAAAAAAUUUCUGCAACUUUGUUAGAGUAUGGAAUUGAACGUACCCCAGAUCAAUGUAAAUCAUGCUGGUCAUCACUGGUAAAGAAGUACAAGAGUAUUAUUGAAGGUGAAACAAGUGAAAGACAAUGGCCAUUUUUUGCCGCAAUGGAUCAAAUGAUAAAAAGUGAAGGAAGGGAAUGAAACCACGAAUUGUCUUUAAAUGGCAGAAAAUCCUCAGAAAUGUUUUGGAUGGAACUAAGUCAAUAUAUUUUGUAUGGAAGGGUGUCACCCUUUGUAAAAAUGUAUUGAGUUAGAUGAGGAGUUUCAGAUUAUUUGAAGCAGAUUGUAGCACUCCCGGGCCUUUGUUAAUGCUGGUUUGGCUAAUUCAAAUUUUCAACAACCCAGUUAGCAACUUGAAGUUGAGGUCAUCUUGCAGUAUAAUAAAAUUUAGUUGUUGAUUUUGAAAAACAAUUUUCCAAGAUGUGAUAUAAAUUUGCCACUACUGAGUUCACAAAAAAAUAGGCCCUGCAUGUAUCUCUAUAUAAGCCACCUUUUACAUUAAAUUAAGCAGGCUUCGUAGCUUUCCAGCAAACCACAGCUUUUUGGGGGGCUAUUUUAAGAUAUUAUGGCUGCUGAUGUAAGCUACAAAACACACCCUUUCUUGAGAGAAUUAUGAAGAAGUUCUUAUAUCUUGUUAAUGGAAAAUUGUACAUUUUAACUC